GCGUGGUGUCAUUCCUCGCUUCUAAAAUGAAUCUCAGUAAACGCAAGUGUGAGGUAAAUUUCAUUACGUAUACUUCCAUCGAUGGAAUUAUCCAAGACGCUCUGGGCAAAAUAUAUAAAGGGCUAUAUCUCCCGUGUUUCUACACCAUUCUAACAAUUGAAUUUGAAUAGUAAUAUAUCUAUAAAGAAGAAAAUAUUACUAUUACAAAGCGCUCAUUCUUUUAACAGACGUGCUGCAUUUAUUGAUCUUCAUUGAACCCUUUAACUAAUCGUACCGAAUUUAUACAAUAUGUCUAGUGGACCUGCUAAUCAAACUCGAGUUUACUACCAAACCGACGUUGCUUCCUUUGUCAUUAUUGCCGCUAGUGAGAAGGAUGUAAACAACUGGCGCUCUGACAAGACUAUCCCUUUGACUGAAGUCGUCGACUCCUUCCAAAUCUUCUCUUUGAACAAGGGCAGUGAAGGUGAACUCGCCAAGGCCUCCAAGUUGGAGCUUGAAAAUGCUUUCGGAACUAGCAAGGACGUUGAUGUUUGUUCCAAGAUCCUCUCUGAAGGAAAGAUCACUCCCCAUCGUCAACACCACGGUGUGAAGCAAUUCUAAAUUUAAGGAAUCUCAUUUUGCUGAGAGAUUACUGGAGUUAGUACUUUAUAAGCCGUCCAGUGUCUCUUAUGUUCUGAUGGGUUGUGAUCAGAUUCAUCUGUAAUAUACCCCUAUUUCAUGUGUGAGCAUUUUAUGUGCAUGAACACAUAAAUAGAAAAUAUAGAUCGUUGGUUGUUGUUAUCCUUUCUGACGAAUUUCACAAUUGAAAAGGGUUGCGUUUUCGUCUUGGUUUUCAUAAUGUGCGUUUAUAUUUGUAUAUGUACAUAUAUAAGCAACAGUCUAGUGAUGAAGUUUUACGAAUGUUUUACGAAUAGAAAUGAAUAAAAAAGUCGUUUUGGUUCAAACAAGAAUAACUUGAGUAAAAGUAGAGGACUAUAGUACAUAAGUACAGUAGCUACCGGAAGAACCCACCAAAGUUUCUUAAUAGGAAGAGCAAGGCAUUUUGGUUGUAAAAGUA